AUGGUUAAUAACUGCUCAGUGAUUGAAUUUAUUCUUCUUGGGUUUCCAUCUCUCGUCCCUGUGCAAAUAACAUUAUUUUAUAUACUUCUUAUGUUUUACAUGUUAACACUUAGUGGAAAUUUCCUCAUCAUCCUUGUAACUUCAGCCUCUAAAGCCCUUCACACUCCAAUGUAUUUUUUUCUAUGGAAUUUAUCUGUUCUUGAGAUCUUCUACACAUCUGUUACCAUUCCAAAAAUGCUUCUUAACUUCAUACUGGGGACCACCUCCAUCACAUUUAAUGCGUGCAUGUCACAAGUGUUUUUUUUCAUUGCACUUGGCAGCAUAGAGUGCACAUUACUUGCAGUAAUGGCUUACGACCGAUAUGUUGCUAUAUGUAAUCCAUUACAAUAUGUCCUGAUCAUGAACAGUACAACAUGUAAAGGACUAGUUGGUGGUUCCUGGAUCAGUGGCUUCCUUAAUUCUAUGGUCCACACUGUCUGUACAUUCCAAUUACCCUUCUGCUCCUCCAACAUGAUAAACCAGUUCUUCUGUGACAUCCCGCCAUUGCUGAAGGUGGCUUGUGGCAAUACGUUUCCCAGUGAGGUUGUUCUUUUCACGGUUGGAGGAGCUUAUGGUUUUGGCUCAUUUCUUUCAACCAUAAUAUCCUACAUCCACAUUAUCUCCACAAUUUUGGAAAUUAAAUCUACAGAAGGUCGGAAGAAGGCCUUCUCUACCUGUACAUCCCAUCUUACUGUUGUAACAUUAUUCUUCGGGACAUCUUUUUCUGCCUAUCUGAAGCCUACAUCUAAGUAUUCAUCGGGAGAAGGAAAGCUGGUUCCUGUGUUUUAUGCUGUUAUUACACCUACCCUAAAUCCAAUAAUAUACACAUUAAGGAAUAAGGAAUUUAAAAAUGCAUUUAGGAAAAUUAUGGGGUUGAAAUUUUAG